GGAAGGAGAACUGAGGCACUACAGCAAGAGGAGCACUGGGAUGGAUUCAGAAGGUUCUGCCCAAAUGAGUUCAAAGGAAAACCUAAGCGAUGAUGCAAUGGCUACCUCUGGUAAACAUUAUCUUUGUGGCUACUGUGCAGCCUUCACAAACAUAGCAGUCACUUUUCCCAUCCAGAAGGUCCUCUUUCGCCAGCAGCUGUAUGGUUUGAAAACAAAGGACGCAGUACAGCAGCUGCAGAAGGACGGGAUUCGCAACCUCUAUCGAGGCAUCCUUCCUCCGCUGAUGCAGAAAACGACGACGCUGGCGCUGAUGUUUGGCUUGUACGAAGAUUUCUCCUCCCUGUUGCUCAGCCACACGAGCGCUCCCGAGCUGCUCACUCGCAGCGUGGCAGCCGUGCUCGCAGGGACCACGGAAGCCGUUCUUACGCCCUUUGAGCGAGUUCAGACUUUGCUGCAGGACUACAAACACCACGAUAAAUUCACAAACACUUACCAGGCUUUCAAGGUGCUGAAAGCCCAUGGGGCGAGAGAGUAUUAUCGGGGAUUGGUGCCUAUUCUGCUCCGGAAUGGACCCAGCAACGCUCUCUUCUUCGGCCUGCGGGGACCCAUCAAGCAGUGUCUGCCCGAGGCGGCGUCUUACAGCGCUCACUUGAUCAACGACUUCAUCUGUGGAGGCCUGCUGGGUGCCAUGCUGGGGUUCUUGUUUUUCCCAGUCAAUGUCGUGAAGACUCGGAUGCAAGCUCAAAUCGGUGGUGAAUUUCAGUCCUUCUCGAAAGUUUUUGUGAAGAUCUGGCUGGAGCGUGAUAGAAAACUGAUCCACCUCUUCAGAGGAGCCCCCCUGAACUACCACCGCUCCAUCCUGUCCUGGGGCAUCAUCAAU